UGGGAUGACAUCACACCCAAGCACGAGCUUCCAACAUGGCGUCCAGCCGGGAGCGGGUGAGGGAGGUCCGGGAGGAGCCGACGCGCACUGCCACCGCCGCAAACCUCGACUUCUGCGUCUAUAAGUACUCCCUGCUCAUCAUCAUCGGACGGACUGUGCGCCCCGGACAGACGGACCACAUCAGCAGGGAGAUCAGCCGAGGUGUUCGGUCGUGGGCCGUGGACUUAAAAUCCUGCAACCUGAACCUGUAUCUCCAGGAAUUUCUCUCCCAUCACACGGCAUCUUUUAAGGGUGCAGGGCAGAAGUGUCUGCGCCACUGUACCAGAGUGUUGGACACUCAGGUGCUGAUCAGUCCAUCUCAAGAACAGGCUCAUUCAGAGGUGUUUGCGCUGCUGUCCAGGGAGUCGGCUCAUAAGCUGUUGAUCUUGGCUGGUCUGAGCGUGGAGGAGAGCGGAGACCUCCUGUUUCACAGAGGACUCUUUUCACCGCAACACCUGAAGCAAAUACUCACAGAGCAGUUCCUGAAUCAGCAGACACCCAGCAAAGUCAAUCUGACCCUAAGCUGUCCCAACAUCGGCCAGUGGAGGACGUCUCUCUUAGGAAACCCGUUACUGCAGGGCCCCGUCACUCUCCACGUCAAUCCCCCAGAGGUGCUGCCUGUCAUGGAGUCCCUGGGGGAGUUCACAUCCCUGGUCUCCGGUGCCAUCUCCCCUACAUCCCCCUUUGACCUCCUGCCUCCUCCCACCACCGUGGGUUUCCUUAAACUGUCCCGCCCCUGUUGCUACGUGUUCCCUGCCGGAGCUGGUGACUGUGCCUUCUUUGCCGUUAAUGGGUUCACGGUACUGGUGGACGGGGGGUCCGACUCUCAGGCCUGUUUCUGGAAGUUGGUUCGCCACCUUGACCGAGUUGAUGCAGUUUUGUUGACACACGCCGGCACGGAGAACCUCCCCGGUGUCAUUUCCUUCCUGGAGAGGAAGGUCGGAGAGAUCGAACUGAGUGUUGAUGUCAAAGAUGAGUUAUCUAAGAAGCUUAUCUCUCCAGAACUUGGUGUUGUAUUCUUUAAUGCCCCCAGCCGAUUGCAAGUGGAACAACAGACAUGUGAGGACAGUGUACUGAAGAGCACGCAACAGGCGGCCAUAACCCUACAGCUGUUAAAGAAGUUAGACAUCAUGCCACAGCCAAUCUUUCGACCACAAGGAGUCUCCAUUAAGCCUCUAACUUUAUUCCAAAAGAUGGGAGUGGGACAGCUGGAUUUGUACAUCCUCAGCCCGGGAAAAAACAGCCAGGAAUACGAGACAUUUAUGCAAAACUGGCCCGAUGGCGAGUCAUCGGUUUCGAAAUCCCAAACUCUCCCUCUAUCGGCCCUGGUCUCGGUGUCCGCUCUGCUGGUUUGGCAUCCGGCGUGCCGUCAAGAGAAGGUGGUCAGGGUGCUUUUCCCCGGCGUGACUCCACAGGCGAAGCUGCUGCAGGGGCUGGAGAAGCUGAAAGGAUUAGAUUUCCUCCAGAAACCCACCGUCACCACCGGAGAGCUCGAGAGGCUGGGGAAGGACGGAAAGACCAAGAGGACAGAGAGCCUUGACAGCUGCAGAUCUCAAGGGAAAGAAGGAACACCGAAGAAUGGGAAAGAGAGAGGAGUUAAAGAAGAGGGAAAGGAUGUGUCAUCAAAGGAGAAGGGAAAGUCAUUAAAUGGAGUUGGUGGACGAGAUACUGAAAAAACUAAAAUCAAAGAGACAGGAAUAAAACAUAAAGCAGGGUUAUCAGAGAAGAACACGGCAAAAAAAGGGGUAGGGAAGGAUGGCAGAAAAGAGGAGAAGACGGGAAAUAAAGAGGAGAACAGCGUUACAAGGAAUGAUCAGAUGAAAAAGGAUGGUGUCCACUCCAAAUCAAAGAAUGAAAAUAAAAUCAAGGCCAAAAAGGGAGCAAAAAAUGACUCUAAAACGGGAGAGAAAAAAUCAAGAAAGCCAUCAGGAAAGGAACCAAAUGAUGCCAAGAAGGCACAGGAAAAAGCUGAAGUACCAAAUAAGAGCUCAACAAAAUCCAACACUGCAGCUGUGUCAAAAGUCCCAGAGCCAGAAAAUCCUGUUGCUGAGCAACAGAAUCAAAAAGUGGAGGCAGGACUGGAGGACAACCCAUGUGGCUCCAAAGUAUCUACCCCUGAAGAUACAACAGCAGACUUUCUUCAGCUCCAGGAGGAAAGCAAACUGGAAGAGGUGCAGACAGAAACAAUUGGCGAAGAAAAGGGAAAUGAAAAGAGCCUCAGAGACUUAUGUAAAGAGACAUCCACCAAAACUGCAGAAAACGAAGAGGAGAAAGCAGCAAGUGAUUCAGGGGUAAUGGAGGCAGAGAGUGGUGAUGAUGGAGUGCAGCAUACGCCUGAAACAAGUGUGAUUGUUGGAGUAGAUCCCAUGAAAAACCUUCAAGAUGAGUCUGUAAACUCUACUAAACCUGCAAAGGUUGUGGGAUUUCCAUCUCCCUUGAACAAGGGGCCGAAAAACGAAGAAGAUACAGGCCAGGUAGACAUAACCCCAACUGAGUAUACUCUACUGGAAGGGGCUCUGAGAAACAGCCCUCCCUCGCAGUCUUCUCCAGAGAACCAGGUGCCCAACAGCCCUGAUGGGCAGACGGCAGAUCCAGGUUCCUCUGGGUCACGGCCCAACAGUGCAGGGCACACUCCUUAUUGCCUCUCUCCGGAUGAUGUGUGGUGCAACAAGGCCACUCUUAGCAGGCUGCAGUCCCAGAUGAGCAACAUUGAAUCAACAGAUCCCAAUGAACCAAAUGAGUCAUCCAGACAAGGUGGUCCAGAGAGCCACACAAACUCAAACGAAAAGCAUUUAAGUUUCUUUCCGGUGGGUACGUUUAAAGAUGGCUCUUCAGACCCUUCGCCUUCCAUAGCUACCACAACCACUACACAUUCGAUGCCAGCUGAGGUGAGCUCACCCCAGUCCACAGAAGUGGAUGAAUCCCUCUCCAUGUCCUUCGAGCAGGGACCGACCCCUGGGAGCCAGAGAGAGGGAGAUGACAGCGUUUACCAUUCCCACUCCAACGGAAGUCAUUUUGCGACAAUGUCUUUACCAAUGAAGAAGCCUCCCAGGUCUUUGGGGCAAAGUUCAGAGAUGGGCCGACCUCUUGCACCAAACACGCUUCAUUUUGAGGCAUCAGCUCAUGACGUAGACCUGUGUUUGGUUUCUCCUUGCGAAUUCAAGCAUUUCAAACCACCUGACUCCAGCUCAGACUUCACUCCACAUCAUCACGGCAACAACAACAACAACUCCAAGGACAGGUCACCCAGUGAAUCGAACGCCCCUGCCUGCACAGAGGACUGCCCGUCCACCACGGCAGAUGUUGCUCUGGACUCGGACGAAGACGAGUCGUGUAGCGAGCCGUCCAACUCUCCACGGGACCUCCACGCCAGUCAGACUCUCCCGCCGGACCCUCUUCCGGCUCCUCUCAGAGACAGUCCACCCCUGCCUCCACAUCCUGACGCCUCCAUGCCGGUUCCUCAGUCUGAAUCCGACGUUCAUGGGAAGAAAGCAAAAGCCCCUGGCAUGAGAAGCAAAAAGAUAACAGGGGUUAUGGAGGGCCCUCAGAAACCAGGUUUAGGGAAAAUCAAGAAAGGGAGCCAAAGUGGAAUCACAAAGGGAAAUGUCUCCUCAACACGUUCGCCUUCCUCCAGCACUCGUUCAGCACCAGCAAAAUCUUCACCGAGUCCAGGCUCUAAGUCUGCCUCCACAGGGGAGGUCAGCGUGUACGUGGACCUGGCCUAUAUUCCCUCUGGAGCCUCCUCUGCAACAGUCAGCGUGGACUUCUUCAGGUGUGUUCGCUCUUCUUGCUACAUCGUCAGCGGCAACAGUCCAGAACGGGAGGAGACGCUGAGGCAAACGCUGGAUGCUCUACUAGAUGGGAAGAUAUCCUGGCCUGAUUCUAUGCAGGUGACAGUGAUCCCAACGUUUGAGUCUGUGUCGAUGCAAGACUGGUACCAGCAAACCUUGGACAAACAGCGCGAGCUAAACAUCACCAUCCUGGGAUCCAACAGCACCGUUGCCAUGCAGGAUGAGACGUUUCCCGCCUGCAAGAUAGAGUUCUGAGGCCAGCUGAGAGAUGCAGCAUGGAGACUGGAGGGUGAAGGAUGAAAAUGUGUAUAUGUACCUGAGACAGACAGAGGGACGGUCAGAUAUAGUCUCUUUCCUGCAUGUACAUGGACUACAUUUAAAAGUGGUGCUUAAUGCAGCCCUUGGUGGUCAAUUCACAUCUCGUUGGGAUUGCAGCAAAAGCCCCUAAUUUAUUAAGGAGAUCACGCGUCUCUCUAGCAGACACUGCAUGGCUUUUUAAAAACCUAUGAUCUUGUGAAAAACAGGAGAGGAGAGCAUAGUGACUGCAAAGAAACCUUGUCCAUCUCCAAACAUGUAUAGUUUGAGACGUUAUGUGAAGGCUUGCAUUGAAGCGUGGUAAUAGUCUAUGUGCGUGACCCCGCUUUGCUGCCUUUUUUCCAUCAAUUUGAGAGGAAAAUCAGAAUACUCUCUAUGCAUAAUAACGAUUUUCUUUUCUAAAUUAGAAUAACCUGACAAAAAAAAUGUAUUCACAUUUUGUGGUCAAGUGUUUGCGAGCACUAUGUGAAAUGGGUUGUAUUGUGUUUUGCUGUUGCUUUUAACAUUUCGUGUCCCUGCGGCUUCUCUGUUUAAGAGCCACGCCCAGUGACCAGACUCUGCAGUCUGUCUGUCCGCCACCAGCAAGUGAUGAUCGCUUAAUCUGUCUGAUUGGAUUAUCGUAUUAAAUUUAACUGUAUUAAAGCAAGAUGGGUCCUGCAAAUGUAAUCCAGUAAUAGUGCUUAUGGUUAUUAAAAUCAGUUACCAGGCUGCUAACACUGAACACAAGAUUAUCAAAUAGUAUCUCUCUCUUACACACAUACACACACACACACACACACACACACACACACACACACACACACACACACACACAAUUGUAGAUAUGCAGUAAUCAUAAUCUUUUAGACAGAUAGUUUGCACAGCGUGAAAUCGUGGUUUAGUCACUGUGGAUGUUGAUAGGGGCUUUAAAAGCUGUAAAGAGUACAGUCUGUGUUUAUGUUCCAAACGGAUCCUGGAGUGAACUUUAUUCUGAAAGUCCACGAAUGUCUUAUAAUUUCACUAUUUUUAUUUUCAUCUAAUUGCUGUUUUCCAUUUUAGCUCCACCUUUAAUAUUCUAAGUAAUUUGGAAAUAAUGAUAGGGAGAAAAAAGACAGAGUUCAAAUAAUGGAUUUCCAGUCCUAAACCUCUACUUUAAAUGCAAUUCCAAGUUGGGAAUGUUAAAUGUAAUGGGUAGCAUUUUAGCCUCUCCAGAGCUGUUUGUCUAUUAUUUUUUCCCUUUUUGAAUCCUUUCAUCCUAGUCUGGAUAUCUGUAAACUGAUGUCACAUGGUGAGAUGUGUAAGACUCUCACCUCUGUGCCUGUUUUGCCUUUAACUCAUACGAAUGUGCAUGUGGCAUAUAUGAUCCUAAAAACCAAAGCAUGACAAAUCAUGAAGACAUCGACACACAAAAAAGGACAUUUUUAAUUUGGAUUUUUAUUUCCGUUUUUUUAAUAAUGGACAGUGGAGGUCCAUUAUGAAGAAUCCUCCUAGAUUUGUUGCCUACUGUUCUUGAGAGAAAUUUAUGCAAUCAUCCUUUUUUUCCCAUCUGUAUCCUGAAAGAUAAUUUGAAUGUUAUCAAAUGCAAAUUUAUUACUAACCUACGAUUUUAAUUCUAACCCUUUUUCAGCGCAGGGCGCCAGUUUAACUGAUUCUGUGGGAGCGGAGGGUUGAGCUGGAUGUGUAGUCAUAGAAGCCCAGAGCAGGAAGUAAACCUUGAACUGCAUGUAUGUUAAAAAAUGUACUGGAUGUUGUUUCAUUCAUGAUAUUCAUGAAGAAAAAGAGCAAAGCACUGUGUGAGCGUGGAGACAGAGCGGGGUGGUGAAAACUGAGCAGCAUUACCUUUGUAAUUGUCUGUAAGUACAUAGUAAAACAAUGAAAAAUGUGUGUGGAUUGUGGUGCUGGGAGUGAUGUAUAAAUAAAGAAUGUGCGUCACUGUUCAAAAGUGUCUGGGCUUUUUCAAACAGCGGCGCUCUUGUGUGGGUGUGAAACAGACGUCCUUGUUAAGGCAAACCUUUUCCCCUGAACUUAAUAAAGUCCAGACGGAGUCAGGGUCGUACUGCAUCUGCCUGUGAAAAUGGAGAUUGUUUAGCAGCGGCACCCUGUGGAUGCUGAGUGAGGUCAUCAGUGGUACUCUGUAAAUUAACUGAUUUAUGUAUUUUUUUGUGCUUUAGAUCAGCGGUAAGCUCUAUUAAUUCCUUCCAAACAAACUAACAAACAAAAAAACAAAACAAAUGUUGUGUUGUAUGGAGAUAUGGAAUAAGAAAUACAUUUACAUCAAACAGCUAUAUAUCAUUAAUGCCUAUGGCAACUGACAGAAAAUUGUAAUUUUUUGU